GAGCCGUGAGAACAGAAGGGCCGCAAUGCUCGUGAUGUGAUUAGACGUCUGCUCGAACACAGGGGUUCCCUGGAACAGAGAGAUAGUUAGAGAGAGAGACACAGAGAGAGAGAUGGGAAAAAGAGAGGGAGAUGAACAGAGAUAGAGCUGAAGGUAACGGCGGGAACCCGGCUCUUGGGAUGCUCCAACUUUAUAGAAGAAAGCUGGUUUCUGUAUGUCGCUGCAGAGGCAACAACUGAACUGGGAGGCCUGAACCUUCAACAGCCUCCAAACCCGGUUGGAUCUACGUGCCAACACCCAGGUGGCUGAUGGCUGAGCUCGCUCUGCUGUGAGGAUAACUGCCAGCUAUAGUGCUCAAAUAAGGGCUUCCUGGUUGCUGUUAUGGGAAGUUGCUAUCUUGAUGCCAACUAAGAGUCCUUUGCAGUGCACCUCCACCCAGUUUUGGCAGAAACUGGUUAAGGAUUACCUGGAAUGAUUUAAUGUCCCAUGAGAUGCAGGAAAUCCUUGAGUGGGUUAGGGUGUUUUCUGUCCACAUGAAAUAAUGAUGCAAAAGUGAGGUGUAUUUCAAGAAGACACGCUCUUGUUGAAGAUUUGGACACCAACAAAACCCCAAAACACCCAAAGCUCAUCCUCAUUUGGAACUAUGCCCUAUCCAUCUCCUUUCUCUUUGCCCUACCUCGCGCCCCGCUCAGUCUUCUUCAUCGGACUUCUGCUUCUGGUCUUUUGGGGGCCAUCAGAGGUCUGUUGCCAGAAUGACACAGAGCCAAUCGUGUUGGAGGGAAAGUGUCUGGUGGUGUGCGACUCCACCCCUUCUGCAGAGCCAUCAGGUAAUGCUCUGGGCAUGUCGGUGAGGUCAGGAACCGGCCGGGUGGCGUUUUCGGCCAUUCGUAACACCAACCAUGAACCUUCAGAGAUGAGCAACCGCACCAUGACCAUCUACUUUGACCAGAUCCUAGUAAACGUUGGCAGCCAUUUUGAUCCAGCGAGGAGUAUCUUUGUGGCCCCUAGAAAAGGAGUCUACAGUUUCAGCUUUCAUGUUGUCAAGGUUUACAACCGGCAGACAAUACAAGUGAGCUUGGUUCUCAACGGCUGGCCUGUGAUUUCAGCCUUUGCAGGUGAUCAAGACGUGACCAGAGAAGCUGCUACUAAUGCCGGGUUGGUGAUGAUGGAGAGAGGGGACAAGGCUUACCUCAAACUGGAGAGGGGAAACCUGAUGGGAGGGUGGAAGUACUCCACUUUCUCCGGGUUUCUGGUGUUCCCCUUGUAGAUUAGGCUGACGUAGGAUGGGAGAUGAUGUACCUGUCAUAGUUGAGGGUAGGACAGGGUAUAACACAAAAGAUUAUUUGGAGGAAGCAUCAAUGGAUUCACGCUGAAGUUGGAAUAUUAUCAAACUGCUUUGAUGCAUCUUCAUAUGUAUCAGACGAAUCGGAGAAUUUACUCUAAGCCAAGUAAUCCUGAAUGUAAUUUCCAUUGCACUUCUAUGGCUCACUGUUGUCUGCUAUAAUGUGUCGUCUAUGCUUAGCCAGUUGUGACUUAACUUUAAUGCAUGAAAUACAGAGAAUCUUGGUGACAAUAAAGACAAUCAUCAUCUGUUCAUAUCUAUCUAUAGCUGUGAUCUCGCUAGCGAGCCAGUGCUGUGUCUCAAGUUUGCUAUUUUGGGUACACAAGUGUGUCAAAAAGUUGAGCGUGCAACGCUUGACGCUUCUCGCCCUGAAUGGUCGUCAUUUUGGAUACAUAACGGAAGUGGAGGGACCACCAGCGUUGGAAGAUGUGCAAUGUACGCAAUAUACAAAUAUUGUCAAAUGUUGGCCUGAAGACAAAAAAUUGCCAAAAUGUUGCGAUCGUCCGUAUGGCCGAUUGAGACGGCACUACCCAAACAAAAAAUAGCACGCUAUGUCAGGAAAAACUGCAGACAGUGUCCUACACAAGUCUGAACUGAGAUAACGCCACCAUUAUGGAACUACAUUACCCAUAACUUGACCUCUGGGUUUUCUUACCCUAUAUUUGUUUACAUUUGAGCUAAUGUGUCCAUUAAAAGAAUGCCGAAUUAGCUAUUCCUGUUUGCAGCGUGCCAAUUGAUGUAAAGACACCGUCUUUUUUUCUAAUGAUUUUAAGGCAGUUUACCAUUUAUUACUCAGAGAUAACGAUGUCCUUUUGACAUGUAGGUGACACUGAACCUAAAAUAGUUUCAGCUAAGGCUGAUGCUUGCUGUGUUUGGCUGGCUACCAACUACCACCCUGGAUGUAUACCACACAUACACGCAAUCACUGCUCUGCAAAUGCUUGGACAUAUCUAUCUCAUUCUCAUAUAUACAUUAGGGAAAAGUGGUGAGGAGAAUGGUGAAUAGUCACCAUCCUAGUUUUGCUAUUACAAUAUCCAUUGAAUUAAAAAAAAACAGUGUCACUGUUACAGUUCGUUAACAUUAUCUCAUAGGUUUCAACAUUUAUGCCCUAUGUCCUCCACAUGUCCUUGGUUAAUGCUGACACAGUUAUGACCUCCAAACCACCUCUACCAAACUUCAGAUGUGCUCUAUAAAUCACCUGAUGCAGACAGAAGGUUGUUCUGAAAAUAAUGUGCAUUCCUGCUGUGCCCCAAGAGUUAGUUAUGAAGGGUAACAGAGGACUUUUCACCAAAAACAUGCCCGUCACUCCACCUCAAGAACCUUUCUCACAUCACAGCAUCACGCGAAAGCCAAAUCUAAGCAUCAAACUUGCAACUUUUAUUGUAAAAACCUUAAACUAUACAUAUUCUUUCUCAUGUUCUCCUGUGAGUUUGUCGUCGCAUUGACGCAAAGCGACAGUGCGUCUCUCUGCAGAGGAUCCGGUGGCAGAUGGAGGAUUGGCAGUGAAUGAAGGGAUCCAGUGCCAGGAGCCUGUUGUGUUAACACUGGACCGUCACAACCGAUUAGUCUCAACGCUCCGGUGCACAGCAGAGUCCUGUGUUAGCACUUUGGAGAUUCAUGUCUGGAGUACAAACCAAUGCGAAGACUUUGGUUCCAAACUGGGUAAACACCGAUUUGACUCUUGGGAGUCAAAAACAUGGAAAAAAAUAUAACAUAAUUCAAUAAAACUAUACUAUACUUUGGUGGAAAUAAACAAAAGAAGACAUGAGUAGAUGUCAAUCAAAGACACCAUAGCUGAACAGAAAAACAAGACUGCCACCUACUGUUACCAAAGAUCAUUAGCAAAGACAAACCAAAGAAGAACAAACACCACAUGAUCAACAGAAGUCACUGGUCUUUGUAUGUGAUUUGUGGACAAUUAACUUUUUAAGAUAAAGCAAUUCACACAAUGCAAAAUGACAACUACAUAAAUAUUACAUACUGGUUCAAACAUUUCAUCACUUCAUUGAAGCUACGGCAUGCUUCUACUGAGUGAAGUAUUCAAGACGCCAACUUUAUAUGGCAGCACCGUUACAUCAACUGCAAAACUCCUGAUGUCUUGUGCAUCAUUGGAUACACACUUUUUUUUUAAAAUUCAGCUUUGUGUUUGAUGUUUUUGGCAAAAACAAUGUACAUUUAAAAACACACGUAUUGAAAAUAUAUGAAGUUCUGGGUUGCACUUCAUGAGUUUCUAAAGAUCCAUCCAUGUGGUGACAGCAGGUUUGGCAACCACUUUCCAACUCCUCCUGCGGGAUCCCAACCUGUCGCCAGGUUAAAUGGACUAUAUAGCCCUUCCAGCGAGUUCUGGGUCUACCCUAAUCAGAUGCCUGGACCUCCUCAGCUAGCUCAUUUCAAUGAAGAGAAGUGGCUCUACUCCGAGCUCCUCUCCACUAUCUCAUAAAAGCUAAUUUCGGCUGCUCGUAUCCACGAUCUCAUUCUUUCGGUCACUAUCCAAAGCUCAUGAGCAUAGGUGAGGGUUUCUAAAGAUGUACCCACAAAAGUACACAGACGUAUAAAAUAAACUAAAUUAAUGCAAUAACACCAAAACAAAAAAAAGCGAUAAAGAAAGAAAAUGCAUUUGCACUUUCCAAAAACAAACAAAGAAAAAAUAAUAUUUCAGUUCAAGUAAAGGUAGCCAGGCCUGGAUUUAAAAUACUAUAAAAUAUAAAUAAUUAAUACUAUAAAAAUAUGUUUUAAUCUUCAUGAAGUACCAAACAGGUGGAGGAAAAUUCUAUUAAAGUAUUAAAGGUUCCAUAUGAGUAACCCUCCAUGCCAUAGAAUAAACUACGGUAGCUAGAAUACAAAACACCUAUCGAGAGCCAGUGUUUGUCCAUUCUGGGCUACUGUAGAAACAUGGCGGUUCAACAUUACCGACUCACUCCUUCUAUAGAUAUAAACAGGGCUGGUCUUAGCUAUGGGCAAUGUGGGCGGCCGCCCAGGGCGCAGUCUCCGUGGGGGGCGCACGACCGCCCGAAAAAGAAAAAAAACUCGCGAAUUUUAGAUACCGCCCAUUAAGUUAGGGGAGCGGGCGCCCCGGGAGCGGGGUGUUGACAAGGCAGAGGGGGGCAGCGGACAGGAGGAUGGGGGGGGGGGUUUCGCCCAGGGCGCAAAUGUGGCCAGGACCGGCGCUGGAUAUAAAAGGUUCAUUCUAAGGUAUACACUAAUGAUAAAUCUCACACACUGGACCUUUAAGGAGUUUCUGUCAACAUAUGUAUCAACACAUGGCAUUUUGUUUGACAGUCAAUAUGUUGGUAAGGCGAUUUUUAGCACCUCAGGAUGAGUUGGCACUGCAACUGUGGAUAUUUGUCGACCACAAAAAAAACAAGACCAUAUGACCGGCACUGGCUCAUAUUUAUACUGCUGACAGAGCAAAAGAAAAAAAAGAGGUGUGAAGUUUUGCUCAUUGGUUAAAAGAAGCAAAAAUAAAUAAAGACUGUUUAAAAAAAUGCAUUCUAACGAAGCAACAUCUGAAUCCUGCCCAGAAACGCAAAAAUCAAGAAUAAGAUUUUA